GGCGGUGCCGUACCGGGGGCAGAGUCCAGCGCGGGCGGCGGCGGCCGCAGGAGCCCGGGCCCGGCGCGGAAGAUGCCGCUGGGGCUGAGGAGCAAGAAGAAGGACAAGUCCAAGGAGACCUUCAAGCUGGUGGAGAGCGAGGCGGCGGCCCCGGCCCCCGCGGCGGCCCCGGCGCCGUCGGCCGGCGCGUCGCGGCUGCAGUUCCACACGCAGCUGGCGCACGGCAGCCCCACGGGCCGCGUGGAGGGCUUCGGCAGCGCCCGCGAGCUGUACGCCCGCAUCGGCGAGGUCUUCGGCAUCCACCCCGCACAGAUCAUGUUUUGCACUUUGAACACUCAUAAAGUUGAUAUGGACAAGCUCUUAGGUGCACAAAUUGGCCUUGAAGAUUUCAUAUUUGCCCAUGUGAAAGGACAACGAAAGGAAGUGGAAGUUCUUAAAACUGAUGAUAUGCUGGGGCUUACCAUUACAGACAACGGAACUGGCUGUGCUUUUAUAAAGCGAAUCAAAGAAGGCAGCCUUAUGGACCAAACCAAAACCGUCUGCGUGGGUGAUCAUAUAGAGACCAUAAAUGGAAAAAAUGUGUCAGAGUUUCGGCAUUAUGAAGUUGCCAAAAUGCUAAAAGAUCUGAAGAAAGGUCAGAAAUUUAAGCUGGAGUUGGUAGAGCCUUUGAAAGCAUUUGAAAGGCUGGAACCAAGAUCCAAAGGCAGAACUCUGUCAGAGGCUAAAAUCUCCAAAGGGAGAGAAACACUUCGCCUGAGAACCAAAGGCCCUGCUACUGUGGAGGAAAUGCCAACUGAAGCUGAAGAAAAAGCAAUAAAAGAAGUGGAUGAGCUUCUUGAAACAUACAUGGGCAUAAGAGAUACUGAAUUAGCUGCAACAAUUGUGGAAGCUGGAAGAGACAAGAAAAACCCAGAUGAAUUUGCAGUGGCACUGGAUGAAUCUCUUGGAGACUUUGCAUUUCCAGAUGAGUUUGUAUUUGAUGUAUGGGGAGCGAUAGGUGAUGCUAAGCAAGGACAACUGGAAUGAGAACUGUGCAGUUUAUCAAUACCUGUUUGAAAUACAAAUUACUUGCAAAUACAUCAGAAUUUUAAUAAUUUUAUUGAUGUGAAUUCAGGGUGCUCUGCACAAGUAUUCUAACCUGAGACUAUCCUUUGCAAAAGAAGGUUUCUAACAGAAAUGAAGGUAAACCCAAACUUCUGACAACUGCAAUUUAAAACAUGUUAUUUACAUAUAGAACUCACUGUGAGGAGAGUGUCAAGGUGAUAUAUUUAUACAGAAAUCUUAUGAAAAUUAGGUAAUUUUUAUUGUACAUACACUUUGAUACCAAUAUUCUGAAAAGUGUUAGACAUAUUCAACAGUUUGGAUUAUUUUAUCUCUUUAGAGAGGUGUAUAAAGUUAUUGAGGAAGUAUCUAGCUUCAUGCUGCAGUUCCCUGGUUUUCUGCUGUCCCUAUGUAUUAACCUAAAGCUUUAGGUUUUCUUACAGCUUGGUCUGGACAUUGUUUUUACUGUAGGCAAAGCUGGGAAGAAGCCACCUUGUUUCUUUAGAACUCAGAUUCAGGGGAAAAAAAAAUCCUCUGAAACAUGAAAACUAAGAUCUUUGGAUGAGAAAGACUUGCUUGCAUUUGAGUCACAUUAUGUUCUGUCUGGGUUAUUACUGAGGUAAGUAGAGUAGAAAUGCUUAAACCAGGAAGCUGCUGCUUUAUUCAGAUGCCAUAUUAUUGCAAUAGGAACUGCAUAGGAAGAAAUAAAUGUUAAUUUUGAUUAAUAUUAAUGCAUUUGAAUAAUAUCUGUGAUUUGGCACUGGAGACUACAGAGUAUCAAUCACUAAGUGCUUAAUUGAUCUUUGCAUAUGCUAAAUUAUUUCUUGAGAUCCUAUGGAGCUCCCCUCUUGUCUCUGGGUUUUUUCAACAUGGCAACACAAUUGAAGAUAUUGAAGGUGUUCAAUACCCAAAAGAUAUUAUUGUAAUGUCACAAAGAAUUGUAGUUUGGGUGACAAUGCAUGCCUAGACCCUGAAAAAUAUGUUAAACUAAUCUUAGAUGUUAGGAUUUCCAAUUAUAUUGAACAUAAAUGUUUAUUUUAACUACUAAUUUUUUACUAAUAAAUUUGAGAUUAUUGCAAAUGAAAUUGGACAAGAAUGUGGGUUCUGACCUGGGAUGGUGUAAUAGCUUUUUAGUAUUUUUAUAUUUGCAUAAGAAUAUAAAAUAAUAAUUACUACAAAAGUUUUUUUUUCUAAAUCACUGUCCAAAGAAAAUGUCUUUCACUGAAUUGCAGAGAUCUCUUUAAAAUAAAGAUUAUGCCAAUAAUUUUACAUGUUCUAUGUCAAUGAUUUUUUUUUGUCUAAAACUGUGACACGAAGUACAUUGAAAGAACAACUUCUUGUUCUCUUAUCUAGGUUAUUGAGGAAGGAGUCUCAACUCCACUUCAGCAAAUUUCUGUAAAACUUGGAAAUAAAAAGAAACUGUAAGAAAGUGGUAAAAUUUUGUACAUCCCAUUGCUCAUUUUGGCCCUCAAGGAGGUAUUACUUUGCAAAAGGAGUUUGAGCAUUUCUUCUUUUUUAUUAAUUGCAAGUCUGAGCCCACAGUCUUCUGUUGCAGCUGAGCACACUCUCUGUCUUGUAAAGGGUUACUUUAGCUGAUUUACUUAUGGUAAUGAGGGGUUAAAGUGUUGUUAGCCAUAUAAUUUGUUCUUUAAGCUUCUAGGUGAAAAACAAAAAGGAAAUGCCAAGAAUUCCUUGUUGGUUUCAAAUAAUAAAACUCAAUGUCAAAUUUAGUGGAAGUGUUAAUGUACACUAGUGUUAAUUACCAACAUACAUGCCACUGGUUAUAAAAUAUAUUAAAACUGAGAAUUACUUUAAAAAAAGAGAAGAAGUACCAUGGAUCAUACAUGAAAUGUUGGCUGUAACAGAUAAGCCCUUGUAGUUUGGCCAUUCAUUUUAUUUUGAGAAAUUAAUGUUUUUCAAUCAAUUUAUACUCAGGGGAUAAUUUGUCUCAUUACAGUGAUAAAAUAAUAUGAUAAAAAUGAUCUCUGAAGCUCUAAUUCUGCAGAGAGCUGCAUCUUCUUACAGUGGCUUAUUUCUGUGGAGUUUAUUUCAGGCCUAAGAUUUAAAUAGUGACUUCAAUUUUACAUUUACUGCAAUAAAGCACAUCAAUAUAUCUUACUUUUUCUGUGUUCUCAAAGCAUUCACUAUUUCCAGCACAUAAGACAGGUACUACUACCUAAUUUGAUAUGUUAUUUGCAUUUUCCAGCCAUGCACAAAUAAAUUGUCACAUGAAAAUCA